CACGCCUUCGUGUUCCCCGAUCAUCUCUGUCCACAUUCCAUCGAGCUAAAUUCUUUCCCCCCUGCCCACACCGACUCUUCGGUAUGUCCUCAGAGCAGCAUCGUUCGGCCACUGUGCCACAUCCUGUCCAGUCUACCUCUGGGCCAGCUACGACAGAGUUGCAGAAUGCAAAGGUCGCAUCCAACAAACCGUCGAAGAAGGACAAGAAAGGCGCCAGCGAUUCACCAAAGGCACCGUUGGAACUGGAUCCGCUGCCAGAUUACAUACCCCAUCGCAUAAAAAUGUGGAACGAGCUCAAAGCCGAAUACGAAGCGUUUGUACGAAGGCAACCACGUCAACUAAUCGAAAUCACAUUGCCCGAUGGAAGCAAAAGAUCUGGCACCAGCUGGGAAACCAGUCCGAUGGCCAUUGCGAAGGAAAUAUCGCCCAGCCUUGCACAAAGAAUUGUCAUCUCCAAGGUUAACGGUGAACUGUGGGAUCUUGAAAGACCACUCGAGUGUUCUGUCACUUUGGAAUUCCUAGAUUUCAACCACCCUGAAGGCAAACGCGUAUUCUGGCAUUCUUCUGCUCACGUUAUGGGUGAAGCUGCUGAGCGACAUUACGGUUGUCACCUCUGCAUUGGGCCGCCCACAUCUGAUGGUUUCUAUUAUGAGAUGGCAAUUGCAGAUAGAUCGAUAUCACCGAAUGACUUCCCUGCGCUUGAGACUAUCGUCAGGAGUGCAGUGAACGAAAAGCAACCAUUCGAACGUCUGGUUGUCUCGAAAGAGGGACUUUUGGAGAUGUUCGCCUACAACAAGUACAAGGUACAUCUCAUCAAGAACAAGAUUCCAGAUGGCACCUCGACGACAGUCUACCGAUGUGGACCAAUGAUCGACCUAUGUCUCGGCCCCCAUAUCCCAACAACAGGAAAGAUAAAAGCAAUGAUGAUCACGAAAAAUUCAUCGUCUUAUUUCCUGGGAGAUGCCGCAAACGACUCAUUGCAACGGUUAUGGGGUAUCUCGUUUCCUGAAACGAAACAACUCACAGAAUACAAGGAAUUUUUGGCUGAAGCUGCGAAACGGGAUCAUCGGAAGAUUGGGAAAGACCAAGAACUCUUCUUCUUCCAUGAGCUCAGUCCUGGGAGUUGCUUUUUCUUGCCUCACGGCACCCGAAUAUACAAUACCCUGCUCGACUUAAUCAGAUCCGAGUACCGAAAGCGAGGAUACUCCGAGGUGAUUUCGCCAAAUAUCUACAACCAUAAGCUGUGGGAGACUUCAGGUCACUGGCAAAACUACAAGGAAGACAUGUUCACGCUUGACGUUGAGAAGGAGGUCUUCGCGCUUAAACCCAUGAAUUGUCCUGGCCACGCUCUCAUCUUUGACUCCAGAGAUCGAAGUUAUCGCGAGUUACCUAUCCGGAUGGCUGAGUUUGGUGUCCUCCAUCGGAACGAGGCCAGUGGCGCCCUAUCGGGGUUAUCUCGAGUACGAAGGUUCCAACAAGAUGACACUCAUGUGUUCUGUAUGCAAUCUCAGAUAGAGCAGGAGAUAGAUGACAUUUUCGACUUUUUGAAGAAUGUGUAUGGAUUAUUCGGCUUUGAGUUUGGGCUCAAGCUAUCAACCCGUCCGGAGAAAUUCCUCGGGGAGAUUGACACCUGGGACGAAGCAGAACGACAACUCCGAAAUACUUUGGAACGGUUUCAACCCGGCAAAUGGGACCUCAAUCCCGGCGAUGGUGCUUUCUAUGGUCCUAAGAUUGAUAUUACCAUUACCGACGCUCUUAAGAGGCCCCAUCAAUGUGCGACGAUUCAGUUGGACUUCCAACUGCCUGAACGUUUUAAUCUGAAGUACCGGGGACCGGAUGAUGAUGAGAAUGCUGUCAAUCGACCUGUGAUGAUCCAUCGAGCUAUCUUGGGGAGUUUGGAGAGAUUCAUAUCCAUUGCCACAGAGCACUUCGGGGGGAAAUGGCCAUUCUGGUUGUCCCCCCGCCAAGUCUUGGUCAUCCCAAUUGCUGCUCCUUAUAAUGACUAUGCAUCUCACGUCCAGCAGAGACUUUGGAAUGCAGGGCUAUUUGCUGAUGUCGAUAACGGUACGGAGACAAUCAACAAGAAGAUCCGGAAUGGAGAAAUUGGACAGUAUAAUUUCAUUCUUGUGGUUGGUGAGGCCGAAUUCUCCACCCAAAGCGUGAACGUGCGGAAUCGAGACGAUGUUGGGCUUAAAGGCCGUGCAGAGACAAUCAAACUUGACGAUAUAGUAGGAUGCCUCGUCAAGCUCAAGGAAGAGCGUAGAUUGCAGAACAGAAUAUAAAUCAUAGAAGAUGUGUAGCACCGUAUGUUACACUCGCACAAUGUGUUUUGAUUCAUGUGUUGCGGAGAGAAAGAAAAUGAUCUUUAUGGAACGCCAAGUUGUGCUUU